CACGUUUGGGGAGUUGCGGGAGGUUAACAUAACCUAUGCAGCGGACAUUUCUCGAGCAUUUGUAUUGUGUUCAUGUUUCGCCGUUCACCACGUGUUUAAAAGAAUGUACUAGUUUUUAUUCGUUUUUUUGGACUGUUACAUUCGUUGUAGCAAAAUGUCAGUGCCCGAUAAAGUUUUAAUGCGAAAGAUCAAGAAGAGAGAAAAGAAGAAGCUCCAAAUAUUACAAGAACGGGAACAACAAAUAAAGAAUGGUGAAACUGAUGAUUCAGAAUAUGUUGAAAGUGUAGAAAGUGCAAAUGGGUUAAAAAGACAUACAAGUGAAGAUGGAAGUGAAGCAGUAAAAAAAAAGAAAAAGAAGCUAAAGAGUGAAAAGGUACCAGAAACAGAAGAUGAAGAUGAUAAUACUGGUAUUGAAUCCAAUAACACAGGUACAAGUGAAAGUUCUGAAACUAAAGAACAGGACGAUGAUAGUGUAGCUGUAAAUUUACCUGGUAGUACAAUAGGCUUAGAAGUAGCAAAAGAUACCAGCUUUGAGACACUAAAAGAAUCAGUAUGUGAAAAUACCUUGAAAGCUAUUGAAGAUAUGGGUUUCAAAAACAUGACUGAAAUACAAGCAAAAUCUAUUCCACCACUGCUAGAAGGCAGAGACUUGGUUGGUGCUGCAAAAACUGGCUCUGGAAAAACUUUGGCAUUUUUAAUACCAGCUGUAGAAUUAAUUUACAAGUUAAAGUUCAUGCCUCGUAAUGGUACUGGCUGCAUCAUUAUAUCUCCAACACGUGAAUUGUCCAUGCAAACAUUUGGAGUAUUAAAAGAACUGAUGAAGUAUCACCACCACACAUAUGGUUUAUUGAUGGGUGGUGCUAGCAGACAGACAGAAGCACAGAAACUUUCAAAGGGAAUUAAUAUUGUCGUAGCUACGCCCGGUAGAUUAUUGGAUCACUUACAAAACACUGCAGAUUUCUUAUAUAAAAAUCUUCAGUGUCUCGUCAUCGACGAAGCUGAUCGUAUCUUAGACAUUGGUUUUGAAGAGGAACUCAAGCAAAUUAUACAUAUUUUACCAAAAAAAAGACAAACGAUGCUGUUCAGUGCAACGCAGACGAAGAAAACAGAGACGCUGACAGCUUUAGCUUUGAAAAAGGAACCGAUUUACGUCGGUGUCGACGACCAUCAUGAGAAAGCAACAGUAGAAGGCUUAGAACAGGGUUAUGUAGUUUGUCCCAGUGAGAAAAGAUUCCUGCUUCUGUUUACCUUCUUAAAAAAGAAUAGAAAGAAAAAAGUCAUGGUUUUUUUCAGUUCUUGUAUGUCGGUCAAAUAUCAUCAUGAACUUUUAAAUUACAUUGAUCUACCGGUAUUAAGUAUACACGGAAAGCAAAAGCAGACAAAAAGAACAACGACGUUUUUCCAAUUCUGUAACGCAUCAUCCGGAAUACUUUUGUGUACCGACGUAGCUGCGCGUGGUCUCGAUAUACCAGCUGUUGACUGGAUCGUACAAUACGAUCCACCGGAUGAUCCAAAGGAAUAUAUUCAUCGCGUUGGUAGAACAGCUCGUGGAGAAGGUAGUAGUGGUCAUGCAUUAUUAAUUUUACGACCAGAAGAACUCGGAUUUCUUCGAUACCUUAAGCAAGCUAGGGUGCCGGUAAAUGAAUUCGAUUUUUCAUGGAAUAAGAUCGCUGAUAUUCAAUUGCAGCUUGAAAAGUUAAUUUCAAAGAACUACUUUUUAAACGUGUCAGCGAAAGAAGCAUUUAAAGCGUACGUAAGGGCGUACGAUUCUCAUCACUUGAAACAGAUCUUCGAUAUCGAAACGCUAGAUCUAGUAAAAGUGGCGAAAUCCUUUGGGUUUUUGGUACCACCAGCUGUAGAUUUGAAAGUAGGAAUAAGCAAGAAUUCGCGGCCACGAAAAAGAAUAGGAGGAGGCGGUUACGGAUACUUGAAGAGCAGUAACAAUCCAAACUCAGGAAAACAAAUACAGCGUAGCAAAACCUUCCGGCAAGUAAACAGACACGACGACCGACAGUUUUCCAGAUAACCAUGUUUCAAAACAUAAUAAAUUUUUCUGAAUAUGUUACCUCA